AUGAAGUGUGCUAUCCUCGCUGUUGCUGCCGUCGCGGCCGUCGCCAACGCCACCUCGCUCAAGGUCGUCAACAAGUGCAGCGAGAGCGUCAUGCUCUUCUCCCAGUCCUCGUACGGCACGAUUGACAACAACGUCAACGUCGCCAAGGGCGCUACCCGUGAUAUGCACAUCUCGAGCAACUGGGACGGCGCCAUCAAUGUCGGCACUGGGUGCAACGGUGCCAACUGCCAGACCGGCGGCCCCACAUGGGACGGCCAGACUCCCUUUUCUCGCGCUGAGUUCAACUUCUGGGCUGUCCCCGGGAAGGUCACCUACGACAUUUCCUUGAUCUACGGCUACAACGUCGGUAUGGAAAUCUCCGCCGGCGACGCGUCCUGUGACAAGUACGCCUGCCACAUUACUAGCGGCUGCCCUAUCUCGGGCCCUGGUGGCUCUUGCUUCUCGCCGUGCUGCAGCACCAAGGCUGCCUGUGCCGGCGGUGCUCUGCCCGCUGGUGGAGGAGGCUGCGUCAACAACGCUGGCCCUGGCCCUCACUCGCCGUUCUACUACAACACCUGCCCGAACGCCUACGCGUUCCCCGACAACGAUGGUGCUGCUGGAUACAAGCCCGCCGACAACGUCGACUUCACGUGCGGCAACACUGAUAUCACCCUCACGCUCUGCCCAGGCACUACCUCGCACAUCCCCAAGUAA